ACCAACUCAAGCCCCCCCCCCCCCGCGAUCCAAGCCAAGAUGGCGACCAUGUCCCCGCCCACCGUCGACGCGGACGCCGUGCUCAUGGACUCGAUCCCGCGCGUGCGCUGGAGCCCCAAGAACAACCGCUUCCACUACAACAUGCCCGUGGCGGCCGAGCCGGGCGACAAGGGCUUCGUGCUGCUGCAGGAGGUGGAGCACGCCGACUCGCCGUCGUCGCAGCAGCUGCCGGCCAACGAGCGCCACCACGUGGAGGAGAUGGAGCGCAUCAACGGCCUCAUCCACGACGUGGAGAACUCGGUGCACCUGCGCGAGGCCGUCAAGAAGCUCGAGCAGCAGCGCACGCACCACGACGAGUACCACGAGAAGGUGGCGCACGACGACGCCGACAAGCCGCAGGCGCUGCGGAAGAAGGACAGCUUCCGGCAGCGCCAGGCGCCCAAGCGCUCGUUCGAGGGCCAGCGGCAGAAACCGGCGCGCACCGGCCGCCUCCAGCAGCCCAAGUAAAGAAAGAUCCGACCGGAUGAACCGACGAACGGACGCAAAAAAAAAAAUGUGGUGAUGUGGACACGGAGAGAAAACGAAACACGCAGAAAAAACUACGAGAUGAAGGACAUCAGGCGUUGUGAACUUCUGCGCGCCCAGGUUGUAAACUACUUAGGAGCUGACAGAAGUUGCCCAAUGAAAAAUAUAUUACCCGCUAUGCCAGC